AUGUGGUGCAUUGGCAGUACCAAUUCAACGAAUAGAACAAAUUGCUUGCCAUCGAUAUGCAAAAUGGUGCGCAAUCGACCAAGAACAACCCAAAAACCGAACGAAGAUAAUAUAAAUAAAGCAAUAGAAGCUGUCCAGGCUGGAAGCAGUGUGCGAGGCGCAGCAAAACAAUUCGGAAUUGCGCCGCAAACUGUUCGUCAUCGGUUGCAAGGACGCAAACCGAAAUCAGUAGCACAUGUCGGACAACGAGUAUUCAAUGAGGAACAGGAACAGGAACUUCAAGACUAUCUGGUGAAAUCCUCGAAAAUGUUUUACGGUCUCGCGUUGCCGCAACUUCGUAAGCUUGCGUUUCAAUUUGCGCAGAAAUUGAAAGCAGCCAGAUCUAUUAAGAAAAUUCCGGCCAGUUGGUUCCCAAAGAAACCAGAUGAAGAACCAACUGCCUCCAUGGACUGGGUGGAAGGUUUCAUGAAAAGGCAUCCCAAUCUGAGUUUACGUCGACUGGUAUCGACAUCGCUGGGUCGAGCAGCAGCAUUUAAUGCGUCCGUCGUAAUGAAUUUUUAUGAUUUGUACGAAAAUAUCCGGCAAUUACAUAAAUAUACCGCAGCAAAUGUUUGGAACAUGGACGAAAGUUCGCUGAGCACAGUUCAUAAAACUAAAUACGUUGUGGCCCAAAAAGGUCAGCGUUGUGUGGCAGCGGCCAGUUCGGGCGAACGUGGCGCUAGUGUGACUCUCGCGAUGGCUAUUUCCGCCGCCGGCGAAAAAAUUCCACCAUUUUUCAUCUUUCCGCGGGUGAAGAUGCAGGAUAAAUUUCUCAUGCACGGCAGUGCGGGUGCCAAAGGAGUUGCGAAUGGAUCGGGUUGGCAGACCGCUGACACCUUCGUUAAAUUUCUGCACCAUUUUAAAAAUCACGCCAUCAAAGCAGGGACCAAAAGGACUUUGAUGAUCCUCGACAACCAUGAAUCGCAUAUGGCUAUUGCGGGAUUAGAAUUUUGCAAGCAAAAUAACAUCGACGUGUUGACGCUGCCUCCACACACCAGCCACAAGCUGCAACCACUCGAUAGAGGUGUUUUUGGCCCAUUGAAAAUAUAUUACGAAAAUGCGUGCAAGGCGUGGAUGUUCAAUCAUCCCAAUGUUCCGAUUGCAAUCGGAAACGUUGCCGAACUCGUUGCCGAGCCGAUCCUCAAAGGUGCCUCAUCCAUAAAUAUCGUCAAUGGAUUUAAAGCUACAGGUAUUUGGCCAUUCAACAGGGACAUCUUCACAGAAGAUGAUUUCCUGGCGUCAUCUGUAACUGAUCGUCCGUACAAAGACAACGCCAGUCCAGCAACACUUAAAACAUGAACCGAUUCAGCAACCUUAGCGUCCAAUUCAGAAACACCUGCACUGCUCUCCGAUCCAGAAACACCUGCGCCGCCGUUCGAUCGAGUAACUCCUAACACAUCAUUCUUCGUUCCGACGAGUGCUUCAAACGAAGAAUUGAUGCAACAUGAUGUUGGUGCCAAUGUUGAAGUGUCGAAUGACACAUCACUUGAAGGUAUUCGGCCGUUACCAAAAGCUGCAGCUCGGACAGCAAACAGUCGUGGUCGCAAACGUCGUAGGUCUGCACUUCUGACUAGCCCAAGGAUGAUGAAGUCUUUGCGCGAGGAACAAGAGGCAACGGCCCAAAAGAAGGUAGCUGAAGCAGCGAAAAAGCAGUUGGCUGCCAACAGAAAGAUUGAAAAAGAGGUGGUGAAACGACAAAAAGCCGCCGAAAAGUCAGCCAAAGUCGCCGAAAAUGCAGCCACUAAGACAGCCUCCAAACGAAAACGCGGCCGUCCUAGUGUCGCAAAGAACGUCGACUCCGGAGACGACGAGGACGCAGACGAAGACGAAGUCAUUUUGAAGCACCGAACGAAAAGUCGCCACUAAGAAAAAAAUUUUUUCAAUAAUUCUUCUCUACAUUGCACCAUUUUUUUAUUUUUACAGUUCUUUGUAUUUCUACCUAACGCGGGUAUAUAAAAAACGUUACUUUUCAUUUCAUUUUCAUUGAUAUAAGUUUAAUUAUACCUACUUUCAUUAAAUAAAGCUGUUCACAACUAUUUCCGACGAAUUUUGGUAUUUUUACUGCACCCGGAAAAUAGUGCACCACAUUACCCCGAAAAUUUUGGAAGGUCGAAAAAAGGUACCUUCGGUUUUUCGAUCGUACCUCAACGCCAUUAUGUGCAACACAAAAACCUCUUCAUAAAAAAUGUAGCCAGAUACAUUAUCUUUCCAAUGAAUACUCAAUCUUCUUAAUCGGUUAAAAAAUACGGCCGUAUGAGCACUCUAACGAAACGGGCACCACAUUACCCCGUUCUACUCUAGGUACGUAAAUAUAUCUUUUAAUUUUUUAGAUUUUUAGAUUUUUUUAAAUUUAUUUAAAAGAAUCAACAAAUUAACAAUCACUGAAAUAAAAGAGCUAAGAGCCUUGACUAGGUGUCACAAUAAUAAAAUUCACAUAUAUUUAAAACAUAAAAAUACAAA